CAAAGGGAUGGAAAGCGGGCUGGAAAAGAAACCCUUCCCGCUGAGACCCCCUCUCCCGACAGGAUCCUGAAAUUCCUGGUGGCCAAAAGGAAAUUCAAGGAGACGCUGAGACCAUACGAUGUGAAGGACGUCAUCGAGCAGUACUCGGCAGGGCACCUGGAUAUGCUGGGCCGGAUCAAGAGCCUGCAGGCUCGGGUGGACCAGAUUGUGGGGCGGGGGCCCGGGGACCGGAAAGCCCGAGAGAAGGGAGAGAAGGGGCCCUCUGACACGGACGCGGUGGAUGAAAUCAGUAUGAUGGGACGCGUGGUCAAGGUGGAGAAGCAGGUGCAGUCCAUCGAACACAAGCUGGACCUGCUGUUGGGCUUCUACUCGCGCUGCCUGCGCUCGGGCACCUCGGCCAGCCUGGGCACCGUGCAAGUGCCGCUCUUCGACCCCGACAUCACCUCCGACUACCAUAGUCCUGUGGACCACGAGGACAUCUCCGUCUCCGCACAGACGCUCAGCAUCUCCCGCUCGGUCAGCACCAACAUGGACUGAGGGGCUUCUCAGGGGCGGGGCAGCACACGGCCAGCCCCUGGGCCUGGCGGUCGGACCCGCACUCUGAGGCCUCCGGACUCCUCUCUUACUUGAACUUGCUCCCUUGCGGGGAGAGAGGCCACACGCAGUAUUGAGCUGCCUGGGUGGGGGAGAUAUUCGCCAUGGGGGUGCCAGCGACCCGCCCCAUCUCAGGAGCGUGAGAUGACAGGCCGCACGGAGGGCGGCAGCAGCGGCUGCCCCGCGGCUUCUGGGCCCCCCAGUGCCCUGCCCGUUCCAUCAAGGCCCGACAUGGCCCACCUGGCAGGGGCACUGACCCGGGAGUGGGAGUGGGGCGCUGGGGUCCUGGGCCCUGACCCAGCUUCCAGCUAUGCAAGGUGAGGUCUCUGGCCCGCCCUUCGGACAGAGCAGGGAAACCCUCCCGCCAAGUCCCCGCCCCACUUGGGGGUGGGCCCAAGGUGCCUCUAGGUACCCACAAGCAUAGGACCCUGCCACAAGGCAGCUGGACACCAUAUAUGCAAACUAUGUUAAAUAUGCAAUUUGGGGGACCCCUAUGGGGUCCCUCUGCCCCUCCCUCAUUGGGAGAUGGGCCCCCAGCAAUAGCUGGUCUCAGGCUGCUUGGCCAUGACCCCCAUCCCUGUUCUUUGGCUUAUCACCCGCUCCUCACCCAGCAUGGGGUCUGUUUCUCCCUUGCCUCCCCUACCCAUUGGCAGGUAUCCCCUCCCAGGGGCUCCUUCUUCCUGCUGGAUGUCCACUCCCCUCCUUGGCCUACCAGACACCUUACAGCACAAGUUUCUGUAUUUGCCUCCAAAUCUCCCACGGACAGUGCUCCCAUGGUCACACAAACUUUCCCCCAACAUGCAGAAAGCCUCUCACGCGCACAGACACACACAGUCUCACACACACCUGGAGAUGUGCGCACACAGCCGGUCAGCCUUCCUUGGGGUUCUGCAGCUGAUGCUAAUGGACUGGCCCUGCAGGGUGACGUCCACUUAAGAGGAAGCCUGCCACUCGAUCUGAGUAGGGCAGGGAGCUCCAAAGUGGCCCCAGGCCUCUCUAGGCCUUACCUCCGAGUUUCACCUGCUUCCCUUUCUCAAGAACCUCUACUUCUCACUGGUCCAGGAGCCCGAACUGCUGCUUCUGCUGCCCCACAAGGACCCUCCCUGGCAUCCCUACAGCACAACUCAGGCCUAAGCCCCUGGGGCUUGGACAGCACUGGAAAAACCCCAGGCCCUUCCCCAGGAUGGUUACCAGGCCUGCUUCCACUAGACCUACCCCUUUCCUAGUACUCUCACUCCUGGAGAGAAUAAUAAUGCAUCUAGCUGCUCUAAUCUGUUGGGCCCCAGCUAUGCACCUGGCACCCACAGGCCCUGUGUCCCCUCCUUCUGCACAUCAUUCUUCAUUUCAGUUGGCAGCCCCCCAUUCUGGCAUAAGCCCCCCCCCCACUGCCAGGCCCCCAGCACCUCUUUGGUAUCCCGACCCUUCUAUCCCUCUAUUGCGAAGCCAAUGCAGGGAGCAGGAGGGGGAUGGGUAGCAGACUGAUGGUGACCCUCUGUGGGGCGCCAGGGAAUGAGGAGGGGCUCAGACCCAGCAGCCUGCAUCUCAUGACUGGGGACCCGCAUGCACCAGCGCCAGGGCUGGGGCUGGAUCUUGUGCAGCCCCAUGGUGCCCAGCCUCUGCCCCAAUGUCUCCUCUGCAUGUGACCGUCAUGCCCUGGAUGGAGCCUGUCCUGGCUCUCCUCACCUGCACUGCACUGUCCCCAGAAAGCCACCCUCUAACCCCUCAGAGACAGAGCUGUGGAGAGGGUCAGGAGAAUGGGAUUAGCCUAUGACCAAAGGAGAUUUGGGAUGAAGCCCUCCCUCCUUUCACAAUCAAGGUCCCCCCACCAACCCAGUCCUCGGAUAUGCAAGUACCUCACUUUGUUAACUUAUUAACUUAUUGGUUUCAUUAAAGUUUUCAGUAGGA